ACCAAGUUUGACUUGUUAGAAUUAAAAUAAAAACAAACACUUUAUGUUUAUUGUUUUCUGAAGAAUUUCCUUGAUAAUUUAAGUUUGCGUUUAAAAAUAAUUAAAAUAAUAAUUAGUAUAUAUAAGUAUUACAUUUUAAGUAGUCAUACUGUUAUUUAUAAGCUUCAGUCAUCAAAAUAAUGUCAGACGAAGAAGUUGCGAUUCCUACUACGUUUAAAAAGCGUAAUAUAAAGAACAGAGGGGGAAGAAAGCGAAAAUCUUCUUCUUCAGAAGAGAAAAAUAGUUCAGGAUCGGAAGAUCAAACAGUGGUGUUGCCAACUAAAAGAGUACAGAAGCAAAACCCAAAUAUUCAAAGUAGCGGCGGAGUGAAAAAACAAAAGACUGAUAUACAAAAUAGUGAUGUUAGCAGUGACGAUGAAAAGAUAUCAAUCCGCACAACGCUCUCCGUCCAACAGCAACGCGAGAACGCCACAGCCACAUACGAGCUGGACACGGAGUUCGACAAGGACGCCCAGGCGAUAUUCGAGAAAGCUCAGAAGAUUAAUGAGGAAUUGCAAGGCCAGGCUGAUGAUAAGAUUUACCGAGGCAUCAACAAUUAUGCUCAAUAUUACAAGAAGCGGGACACCGCGGCCGGGAACGCCAGCUCGGGGCUCGUGAGGAAGGGCCCCAUUAGGGCACCGGCCAACUUGAGGGCCACUGUCAGAUGGGAUUACCAGCCAGAUAUUUGUAAGGAUUACAAAGAAACUGGGUUUUGCGGUUUUGGCGAUUCUUGCAAGUUCCUCCACGAUCGCUCCGACUAUAAACACGGCUGGCAGCUCGAGAGAGAAGAGAAUCAAGCUCAAGAUGGCGGCGACUCCGACUACGAGGUACAUAGUGACGAUGAACUACCCUUCCGAUGUUUCAUCUGUCGCCAAAGCUUCAAAGACCCUGUAGUCACAAAAUGCAAACAUUAUUUCUGCGAAAAGUGCGCAUUAGAAAACUAUAAGAAAACGACCAGAUGUUUUAUAUGCAACGUGCAAACGGGUGGAGUUUUCAAUCCGGCGAAAGAACUUGCGGGGAAGUUGAAAACCAAUGUCAGUGAUGUUGACGACGAUUGAUAAUUGAUAAAUAAAUUUAUUUUGUAAU